AUGAGCGCGGACAAGCUUUUGGCCGACGUCCUCGGAGAGGACCUCCCGCGCUUCCUCAAGCAGGUGCAAGCGCUCCAGGAGAAGCAUGCAUCGACGACAGCAGCGUUGCACAAGCGAGAUGCGCGGGUCCAUGAGCUCGAGAACCAGGUCGCGGGCUUGCAAAACGACUACCUCGCCAUCUCGAUGGAUACAACGUCCCGCGAGCAUGCGAACCAGCGCCAACUUCUUCUCUCGUGUGUCCAAGCGACGACCUACGCGCUGGCCCAUGGACAUCAAUUGAACCCGAUGACGCAAGUUCCGGUGCUCCAUGCGAUGGACUCGUUCCUGCAAGACAUGCUGGACUCGGACGCCGACCCGAUGACGCUCAAGUGCAUCGCGUCAACCCUGGGGAGCGUCCUGCACGACCCCGCGUGCUUGCUCCUGCCAUCGAUCCUCGCGGCCGUCGAGAGCAUCUUCAUCAAACUCACUCUUCUCACUGUCAUGAUUCCGUGCAGCAUGCUCCAAGAACUGGUUCCGAUUUUUGGCCUUAUGGCCAGCAGUUCCAGGGGCACAUCGGUGCUUGUGGGCUGCAACUUGGUUGUCCCAUUGCUCAAGAUCAUCGCCUCCGAUGGACUCUGCGAUACGAUCGCACCUUCGGUAUACGCCGCGCUCCUGGCGCUCCUCCAGCACUUACUGCAGCACACCAAGUACCACGCGCUAAAGCAGCAGCGCCACGACGCGACGUUCCACUUUUUCAAAGUCAUCACGAGCUCUCGGGACCGCAGUGUGCUCGACCUGGCCCGGCGUAUGCACGAAGAGUUCCGGCGGUCCCAAGCGUAG